AUGGCGGCUCUGAAGCCCGUCAACCAGGGGAUAUGGUCUUUUCCAAGAUUCCUUCCCUUCUUUAUCCCGGUAGUUUCCCUUUACUUCCUGACGCCGAUUCUAAACGAAACAUGGUCAUCCUGGGUACUAUCUCGGAGCGAUACUCACUUAAGCGAGCUUAGUCGGGCAGCAUUGUCAGAAAAGUCGUGGUUGAGUUCAGUCCAAAAGAGACAUGAGUGGAUGAGUGUGAACAAAGACUACGACUCGAUACUGUUUACAGCAAGAGAUGAAAGUCUCCGCUUCUGGUAUACCAUCUGGGACCUGUUCCCAGCAACCUACACGUGUCCCUGGGAUGUCCAACGAGUCGGCAAACUCGGCGAUGGGGGCAAGUGGAUAUGCGGAAUGAGUAAAUACGAAAGGGCGAAACCUAAAUCUCGAGCUUCAGAGAAACCUAUUCGCAUCUACAGCUUUGGUAUUGGAGAUGACUCCUCUUUCGAAGCGGAGAUGCUCAACCGCUCCAGCGCUGCUGAGAUGUACGGUUUCGACGACACAGUCGACGGUUGGGGCAAGGGACUAGAGGCGUUUCCAAACCGGACGCACUUUUUCAAGACGGCUGUCGCAGAGUACGACUACUACGAUGAAAAGGAGAAGACAGAGUUUCUCUCAAUCAAAAGCAUCAUGAAGAAACUGAGGCACGAUUACGUGGACCUGAUCAAAAUGGAUAUCGAAGGGGAUGAGUUUCCGACAUUGGAGUCAUUUUUGGGAGACUAUGCGAAAGGUGGUGAGCUUGAGGGCAAGGAGGUUCCAGUUGGUCAGAUGGUGAUUGAGAUUCAUGUGCCGGAAAAGGGACCCAAGAUCAGUCAGUUUGCGGAGUGGUGGGAAAGGAUUGAGGAGGUUGGCUUCAGGCCUGUUUGGAGCGAGGCAAAUCUCCUCGCUGUCACGGUGGGAGAUGGAAAGCCGUGUUGUUUUGAGUACACUUGGAUAAAUAAGAGAGACAGGAGAGGCGUCAUCUGGGAUAGAGGGAACGAAGCUCUAUGA